AUGAUGGAAAGCCAACCAAACAUCCCUGGUCUCUCUCUUAUUCGGCUCAGUUUUUUGCCUGCAGAACCGGACCGGCCAGUUUUUCACGCGCCACUGAACACAGAGUUCCCGGCGCGCGAAAUGCCAUUGAACACCCCACCCGACAGCGGCGCCAGCUCCAAGCCCUCGACGCGCCGCAGGAGGCGUAAGGUCAUAAAGUCAUGCACGUUCUGCCGGCAGAGGAAGAUGAAAUGCGACCAGCAGAAGCCCAUGUGCGGAUCGUGCGUCGAGCGCAAGCUCUCGGAGUGCAUCUACACCGACGGCUUCAACUUCCAGCUGACGUCGGACGAGCUUUUCAGCAGGCAGCCCAACGUCACGCUUCUACGGCGCAUCCAGGAGCUGGAGGAACAGCUCAGUCGCGUCUCGUUCGAUGAUUUGCAGAAAACGGGCGAAAGCUACGUGGUAGCUGACUCAGCGGGCUACGCAGCGACCAGCCAAACGUGCGUCCCUUGUGGACCCCCCAACAAGAACGACAUUCUCGACCUGAAGGUGCUGCGCGUCAAGGACGGCCGCUACAACUACUACGGACCCACCUCUAUUCGCGUCAUCAUCACAGCCUCUGGAGAGCGAUUCGUUGCGGAGUACAGCAAGGUCUGGCGCAAGGUCGAGGCCGAGGUCAACGCCUGGAAAAACGUGCACGGGCGCCUCCUUACUAUGGAACACAAUUCCCUAGAGUCUCCCAACAACGCGCCUCUUCUCGAGUCCAUCAUCCAGGACCUGCCGAGCUACGAGGCGAUCCAGGAGAAGCUACGCGAGUUCUUUGACAGCCCGCUCCACGACUAUUUUCAAUUUCUCGACAAAGACAAGGUUUUCUCCGACUUCGCGCGCUGCUUCAUUCCCAAUUACGUUGCUGCCAUGCAAGACACCAACUUCACGACCCGAAGCGUCAUCAUGCUACUGGCCCCGGAAAACAACAAUGUCUUCACCAUUGCUGUCGUCAUCAUGAUCUUAUGUUUAAAUCACUACAAAACAACCCUACCAGUCUCCAUAGAGCGCUUGAUUGUCUCUCUGGUCGGAUUCACCACUUCGAAAUCAGUAUCUGUUGAAAGAACACAGUUUCUGCUGCUACUCUAUCUCUUCAGAGCCUACAACGGCCUCAGUGGGAGCGGGAGCUCGCACGUCAUGUCUCUUGUGUCCCUUCUUUGCUCGACUGCCUUCAACCUGGGUUUGCAUCAGGAUAUUCGCCUACUCUACGCUGGACAAGAACACGCAGUCGGGUCCAUAGAAUCUUUGGAAAAUUUGUGGUACUGGACGCUCUUUGUGGACUUAUACACGGCCUUUGACAAGGGAUUGCCCAUGAACAUAACGCCUGGGCAUUAUGACGAUACAAAGCUCCCAACAAAUGAGAAGGGGCGAAUCUCGAUCCUCAGAAACUUUCUACAUGUCGGAAGAAAGUGCAUGCAUGUCUUGUUUGAUCGUGAGCAGUCUCCAGAUCUGCUAAAGUUGAACAGCCUUCUCCUAGAGUUCGUUGAGCAAAACUUUCGCCCUAUAUGCUAUUAUACCGAUAGUUCGCUGAUCUCGCAGGUUGACCUCUUUGAUCUUAUGAUAUUGUCCCCAACAUUUUCUAUGCUUGCCAACUUUUACGAUUUGACAAGGGUCAUAUACUCCCAAGUGACCAUUCAAAUUAAAAACGGUUUCGUCAAAUGCAUACUAAUAGCUAUCUCCAUAUUGGUGAACACUAUACUAAGGUGCUAUGAACUCGAUAGAGACCUCCUUUCUGAAGACGACUUUGCCCGGGCAAAGACUUUGUCACCCUCGCUGAAUUUGUGCGUCUUGAUUCUGAACUCUCUCCCAAUACGAGCACUGAAUGAAAUCUACGGCCUCAUGUUUUACAAGAUCACUUUAUUCGAAAAGGGCCUCAUUGUUUCUGUUCACGAUAGUCAGGGCGCCCCUCCACCAAAUCUGGAUGACCUUAAGAUACCAAAUGAGAGCUUCAUAACUUUCAAUGGGAUAUUUGAUACGUUGUGUUAUGCUUUUGAUAAGUUGUGGAAACCUGAAAAUACGGGGCUUACUCAUAUGCUAUCGAACUCGCACUACUACGUGAUCAUGAUGGCUUUGGAACGCGUGAACCGCACCAUCUUUCAGGUGGGUUUGGAUAGCAGAGCCCAAGUCGAGGUGAACCAUAAGUGGCCUGAGCUGAACCAAGAUGAAGUUCCUGAGGUUAUGGUGAAAAUGCUUGCUGAUGAAGUUUGGAACAAUUACAGUACUGGGUUUACGGAUCUGAUAAACAUGGACGCUGAAGACUUCCUAGUUGACUUUGAUAUGGACCAGAACUAA